AUGGUCGACGAUGUAAGUGAUAGUAUUUACGAUUCCGAUAGUUCCUCCGAGUCCGGUGCGUCGUUUUCGUCAUGCGAGAUGGCGGCUAAUAUUCCUCCUCCGUUUGGUCGCUUCGAUGCUACAAAAGAAGAUUUCGAAUCAUGGUUGGAGCAAUUCACCAGUCAUCUCAAUUGCUACAAAGUUCUCGAUGCCGACAAAGUUAAUUUUCUAAUUGCGUCGGUUGGACCUGAAACUUAUGCUAUUAUGAAGAAAAUUUCGCUACCGAAAAAGCCGAAGGAUGUGAAUUUUAAAACGUUGACUGAAGCCUUAAUCGAACAUUACAACCCAACACCGCUCUCAGCAGUUUGCCGAUACAAAUUUCGCAACCGUGUUCAACAAGAAAAUGAAGAUUUCAAUUCGUUUCAUGCUGCUUUAAAAGAACUUACAAUCGGAUGCGAAUUUGAUACCGAUGCACGUUUAGACGAGGAGAUUCGAGAUCGCAUUAUUGCGGGAGUACGUGAUACGAGUUUGCAAAGUUAUUACUUCUCUACCCCGAAUCUUGCGUUGAAAGAUGUUAUUGCUAGUGCGAAAGCUGCUGAACAAGCAGGUAAAGGUGUUACUCAGUUACAAUCUGCUCCGACUGGCGAAACUGCUACCAAUUCGUCAAGGUCGAAUAGUGAUAACUCGAUGAACAAAAUCAACGAGUCAGUGCGUAAGAAGAAAAAACCCCAAUCUGCCGCUGCGUCGAAUACGUCUUCUUCGAAGAGUGAAAAAUCCAAAUCUAAUGCCUCAUCGAAUUCGUCAUCUCAAGUCAUUGUAUGCUACCGUUGCGGACGAAAAGAUCAUAAGGCAACAGAGUGCAGGAAUUGCAGUAAAAAUACGAAAUGCAAAAAGUGUAGUAAAACGGGUCAUCUUCCUAGCGUUUGCGGUAUGUCUAGAUCUGAAAUGAUACGUGCGUUAAACGAAUCUCAGUCAGCUAGAUCUGUUAAAGUGGUUGAUAUCGCUAGUAUUUCCGCAUUAAGCAGUGCUCCAACGCCGAAGAUAAAACUUACUUUAUCAGUAAAUGGUCGUGAUGUACGUUUUGAAGCGGAUAGCGGUUCUGCUUACACUUUAUUAUCGAAGAGUGAAGCACGUCAGCUUGGUUUGUUAUCAAAUAUGCGAGCUGAAAAUAUCCCACUUACUUCGUACACUGGUGGUGAACUUACUAUCAUCGGUAUUGUACCUGUUACGGUUUCCUACAAACGAAAAUCACUCGAUCUCGAACUGCAAAUCGUCGAUGGUGAUUAUUCAAGUGUUGUUGGUCUCGAUUGGUUGCUACCUUUAAAUAUCGAUAUUCGAGAUCAUUGCUACAAACCUGCUGAUUCCGAGAACGCUAUCAAUCAGACUGUUUCUGAACAUGUCGAGUUGAAAAAUGGUAUUUUACGUUUAACCGAAGAGUUCGCGGAUAUUUUUGCCAGCGGUAUUGGACGAAUUCCAGACGUCGAGGCUGAAAUUUAUUUGAAACCUGAGACUGUUCCGAUAUACUGUGGAGCUAGACCAGUUCCCUAUGCGCUUCAAGCUGCUGUUAAUGCUGAAAUUAAUCGUUUGGUCGCCGAAGGAGUUUAUACGCCUGUCACUUCUUCAGAAUGGGCUACUCCUGUUGUGCCAGUGAUUAAAUCUGACGGUCGCGUACGUUUAGUAGGCGAUUAUAGCGUAACGGUUAAUCGCCAUAUCGUCCCUGAAGAUUACCCAAUUCCCAAUGUGGAAGAAACGUUUCAUGGAUCUGGUAAUUGUCGUUAUUUUUCGAAGUUUGACAUCAGUGAAGCUUAUAUGCACAUGUGUACUACGUUGAACGCUUCAAAAAUUUUAACGGUGAAUACUCCAAAGGGUUUACACAACGUGAAUCGUAUGAAUUACGGUGUUCAAUGUGCCGCAGCGAAGUGGCAAAGAUUUAUGGAAUCUAUGCUGAAAGAUCUUCCAGGAUCGUGCGUUUUCUACGAUGACGUUAAAAUCGCUUCUGCUACUGCUAAAGAACAUUUAAUGCGAGUUCGUAAAUUUUUUGAAUUAUGCCGUAAGUUCAACAUUCGUUUGAAUAAGAAAAAGUGCGAUUUUCUUACUGACCAUUUAACCUACCUUGGUUACGAAAUUGAUUCCAAUGGAGUUCAUAAAACGCAAGAGAAAAUUGAGGCAGUUUUAAAUGCUAAACAACCUCGUACUGCUGCUGAGCUGAAAUCGUUUCAAGGCUUAGUGAAUUACUACGCGCGUUGUGUUCCUAAUAUGAGUCAAUUAUUUGCUCCUUUGGGUAAACUUUUGCAGAAAAAUGCCAGAUUUAAAUGGAGUAAAGCUUGCAGUGCUGCGUUCGAGAAUAUUAAAAAGGAGAUCGCUAGUGAUCGCAUUUUGACUCAUUUCGAUCCGAGCAAAAAAUUGAUUCUAGCAACCGGUGCAUCUCCGGAAGCGAUUGGCGCCGUUUUGAGUCACGAAGAUGAAAAUGGUGAGCGCCCGAUUGCGUUUGUUUCUCGUAAGCUUACUCCUACUGAGCAGCGUUAUAGCCAGAUUAGUGUUGGCCCGAGAAUAUUCUCAAUGCGCAUAAUCUGA